UGUGUCUGUCGUAUGAAAUUUACAGCCGAAUACGUCGUGGAAUAACUAUCUUUUGACUUGAAGACUUGACAGAUUUGUGUAGUCAAAAUGAGCCGAAACCUGAAAAAUGUCCUGGUUGUGUCUUUUGGAUUUUUAUCACUGUUUACCGCCUAUGGGGGACUCCAGAGUUUACAGAGCAGCCUAAAUUCUGCAGAAGGGAUGGGUGUGGCCUCUCUGAGUGUCAUCUACGCGUCCAUCAUCCUGUCCUCGAUGUUCCUGCCGCCCAUUAUGAUUAAAAACCUUGGCUGCAAAUGGACCAUUGUGGUCUCCAUGGCCUGCUAUGUAGCCUAUUCAUUUGGGAACCUCUACCCAGGAUGGGGUACCCUGAUCCCAACCUCCUUCAUCCUGGGGCUAGGGGGCUCCCCUCUGUGGUCCGCAAAGUGCACUUACCUCACCAUAAGUGGGAACCAGCAAGCGGAAAAGGACAACUCCAAGGGCCAGGAUGUGAUCAACCUAUACUUUGGAAUCUUCUUCCUGAUAUUCCAGUCCUCUGCAGUGUGGGGGAACCUCAUGUCCUCGCUAAUAUUCGGCCAAGAUACAAACAUCGCCGAUAUUCCAGAGGAGAACCUGGUAUACUGUGGGGCUGGUAUCUGUACCCAGAAUAUUAGUGGAGGGGAAACACCCAGGCCAGAGCAAAAGCUGGUUCACAUACUAGUCGGCUGCUAUAUAGGCGUGGGGAUUCUGGCCAUGAUUCUGGUGGCUGUGUUCCUGGAUAACAUCGACAGGGACUCGGCUCGCGAGUUCAGGGGGAACAGGGAGCCCUUCUGCAGCACCUUCCUGGCCACCUUCAAACACCUCCGAGACCGGAGGCAGCUUCUCCUCAUCCCCCUCACCAUGUACAGCGGGUUUGAGCAGGCCUUCCUCUCAGGGGACUACACCAAGUACUACGUGACCUGUGCCCUGGGCAUACACAUCGUGGGAUAUGCGAUGAUAUGCUUUGGCGCCACCAAUUCCAUCUGCUCCUUCGUUUUUGGGAGGCUGGCCAAAUACACAGGGAGAGUGGUUCUGUUUGCCUUUGCCUCAGUGUUAAACUUCUCCUGCAUCAUCGCCCUGCUGUACUGGAGGCCCCACCCAGACCAGCUGCCAGUGUUCUUCGUGUUUCCGGCUCUCUGGGGGAUGGGGGACGCAGUGUGGCAGACACAAACCAAUGCUCUCUAUGGGGUUCUAUUUUCGCAGCAGAAGGAGGCAGCGUUUGCCAACUAUCGAAUGUGGGAGUCGGUGGGGUUCGUGAUCGCCUUCGCUUACAGCAACUUCAUCUGUCUGAACACAAAGCUCUACGUUCUCAUCGCAGUGCUGAUUCUCUCUAUGGUGCUCUACGGAUGGGUGGAGUGGGAGGAACACAAGAACCCUACCCCAGGGGUGGAGUUCAGCCACGCAGAUAAAAAAGAGGACUUGAAUUCACCGACGACAGUGGUUAAAGCUGAAACCAAACUGUAGAACAGACUACAGAACAGGCUGCUGGACAGACAGUGACGAGUCUGCCAGAAAUACAAAAGCCCUACCUUUCCACGUCACCGCUAUUUUUACAUUUUUAUAACACGAUCUCAGCUUAUGUCCAAGGCCCAGUCCACUACGUGUAGUAUUUCAGCUUCACAGUCGAAAAAACUAAAACUUCCCAAAAAUACUUCAAUCAUUCCAGUGUAGACUUCAAAGGAACAAUUUACUGUAUGUUUCAGCAUCUGUAAAAAGUGUUAUCUCCAGAAAAAAUAAGUUUCAUGGGCCCAUGACACGGCACUAUAUUGCAAAACUGCUUGACAUGUGCUAAGACCUUAAUUAAAUCUAGCCUUCGAUGUGUUACUGGCAGGUCAAACCAUGGCACUGUGUCUUGCACUAAUUGCCUGUAUCUACAGUCAGAUAGAGUACAGGGAUUCAGACAUUUUGAAAAUUCCAUGUUUAUCCAAUACUUCAUUCACAGGUUUAAAUUAUGUUGCAGUUAUUCUGAUGUCCAUAAUGUAAUAUGCAUAUAAUAAGCCAGUGAGACUUGCACAAACAAAGUACCAUUACUGGGAAAAAGACCUCAGGAACCUUAAUAAACGGUAUAUCAGACAAUUAUGGUGGGAAUCAAUGGAAUAGAGCCGUGGUGGCGCAACAGGCUAAGAUGCAGCGGACUUGCGGUUGCAGUUCAUUGCAGUUGCACACCGAGGACCGGGGUUCGAUUCAUGGUCCUGCCAAAAGCGAAGUCUGGCCGGCUCUCGUGGAGCGGCAUAAUUGGCUCGCCGCUCCAGAGGGAGGGUCUUAGUGGAUCAGCACGCACAACAGCACCCCGGGCACCUCGGCAUCAUGGUCACAGGCAUGAGAUGAGAUGGCUUGACGAAGGCGCGUUGUUUCCGGUUUGCCAGAUACCUUCGGGCCGCUGAGGGUUGGGGUCGGUGUAUCCCCCAGUUUACACUAAUUUGAUUAGAUGGGGUACAAUUGGCUACCAAAUUGGGAGAAAAAGGGAAAAUUCUGAAAAAAAAGAACAAAAAGUUAAACGGCAAACUAUAUUCCAACUUGGCUGUGCCCUUUGGUGUCCUAACUCCUACGUGCUUCUAGCAGGUAUAAAAACUUUUAUGUGCAUCUAACUUCUGACAGUGAUGUACAUCUGGAAGUUCACCUUCCUGAUUUGGGAAUGAAACCUUAGUAUCUUAGCAACACCAAUACCAUAAGGCUGACCGAAUGUUUUGUGUUAGCUUGGACUUUUUAUUUUGGAUGGACAAACACAAGCAUU